CACCCAACCAGUGUGGAUUUUACCAUAUACCAACCCAUCAACCAGCAAGAUGUUCAAGCUAACGCUCUGCCUCCUCGCCGCCCUGAUGCUGGCCAAUGUCCAUGCGGAUAACAUCAACAAGGAUGCCGUGAUCACCCGCCAGGACGUCGACCCUGCCGAUCCCGAGGGCAACUACAACUAUGCCUUCGAGACCAGCAAUGGCAUCCAGGCCCAGGAAUCCGGCAACAGCAAUGGUGCCACCGGAAACAGCAACUACAUCUCCCCCGAAGGCAUUCCCAUCUCGCUGACCUACAUCGCCGACGAGAACGGAUUCCAGCCCCAGGGCGCUCACCUUCCCACCCCUCCUCCAAUCCCAGAGGCCAUCCUCCGCGCCCUGGAAUACAUUGCCGCCCACCCACCACAACAACGUUAAUUCCGAAUUGGAUACCCCAUUUAAAGCCUAGUCAGUGCUUUUGCUAAAAUGAGUUAUACCUAGUUCUAACAAGUCUGUACAUAAACCCAUAAAACAAAACAAAAAAAACAAAUAAUACUUUGAAAAAUUCCAUCAAAUAUACCCACAGCCAUGCUGAUCAUUUGAACAGA